AUGAUGGAAACUAUGGAGCUGUGGAUGCAGCUGAAGCAGGCGGGACUGGAGCCCCCUGGGCUGGGCCCACUACCCCAGGCCCUGAGGGGACCCCCCCCAGAGGGGAGCCCUGGACAGACCCUUCUGUCCCCAGGGGAGGAACCUGGAGGUGCCAAGGAGAGUCUGCUGUGGAUCUGGGAGGAGCUGGGAAAGCUGCGCCGUGUGGAUAUCCAGCUGCUGGGCCAGCUGUGCAGCCUGGGGCUAGAGAUGGGGGCACUGCGGGAGGAUCUGGUGGCCAUCCUGGAAGAGGAGGAGGAGAGCAGCGAUGAGGAAGAGGAGGAGGAAGAGCCCCAGGGGAAGCAGGAGGAAGGAUGCCCGGGGACCUCCUUCCCAAUCCCACGCCUCCCUGACUUUGAGAUGACUAUCUGA